GUGUCCCCGACAGAGCUGGACGGCAGUGACCUCAAGGACUGUGUGAGCAACCACAGCCUCAGCAGUGAUGCCAGUCUGCCUGGGGCGCAGAGCUGCCGCCACCGGAGGGCCAGGCGUGUGGCCAGCUGGGCCGUGUCCUUCGAGCGUCUGCUGCAGGACCCUGUCGGCGUGAAGUACUUCUCUGACUUCCUGAGGAAGGAGUUCAGCGAGGAGAACAUCCUCUUCUGGCAGGCCUGCGAGUACUUCCACCACGUGCCCGCCCACGACCAGCGCGAGCUCUCCUAUAGGGCCCGGGAGAUUUUCAGGAAGUUCUUGUGCAGCAAGGCCACCACCCCCGUCAACAUCGACAGCCAGGCGCAACUGGCGGACGACAUCCUCAACGCCCCGCACCCCAACAUGUUCAAGGAGCAGCAGCUCCAGAUCUUCAACCUGAUGAAGUUCGACAGCUACACGCGCUUCCUCAAGUCCCCGCUGUACCAGGAGUGCAUGCUGGCUGAGGUGGAGGGCCGAGCGCUGCCCGACGCCCAGCAGGUGCCCGGCAGCCCGGCCUCCAAGCACAGCACCGGCUCGGACCACUCCAACGUCUCCACGCCCAAGAAGCCCAGUGGGAAGUCCAGGUCUGGCCGGUCCCUGAGCGAGGAGCCCCCGGGUGACGAGGACGGCGAGAGGAGGCGCAAGGGGCCCUUCUUCUCCUGGUCCCGGAGCCGCGGCACUGGGCGCUCGCAGAAGAAGAAGGAGCCGGGCGACCAUGCCCAUGAGCCUCUCCACGCCAACGGGGGCCUGUGCCGCAGGGAGUCCCAGGGCUCCGCCUCCUCUGCCGGGAGCCUGGACCUGGCGGAGGCCUGCAGGGCCCCGGUGGCCGAGCAAGAGCGGGGAAGACACUGCCGCGUCCACCUCCCUGACGGCACGGCCUGCCUGGUGCCCGUCAGGGCUGGCACCUCCAUCAAGGAGGCCCUGGCGGGGCUCUGCGAGCGGCACGGCGUCAACGGGACUGCUAUGGACCUCUUCCUGGUCGGCGGGGACAAGCCUCUGGUCCUGCAGCAGGACAGCAGCAUCCUGGAGUCCAGGGACCUGCGGCUGGAGAGGCGCACUCUCUUCCGGCUGGACCUGGUGCCCAUUAACCGGUCAGUGGGGCUCAAGGCCAAGCCCACCAAGCCAGUCACGGAAGUGCUGCGGCCCGUGGUGGCCAAGUACGGCCUGGACCUGCGAGAGCUCACCGUGCGGCUGAGUGGGGAGAAGACACUCCUGGACCUAGGGGCGCCCAUCUCCAGCCUGGACGGGCAGCGGGUCAUCCUGGAGGAGAAGGACCCCUCCAGGGUGAGAGAUAAGCUGAAAGGUGCAUCGGGCAAACUCAGCCUUGCAGUCAACUCUGGCGCCCGGAACCAUGCGGCUACGGGAGAGAGGACGCUAGGCAAGUCUAACUCUAUUAAGAUCCGAGGCGAGACCGGACACAAUGCUAGGGAACCCCGGCUUUCAAAGAGAGAAGAAUCUAUUGCAAAGAUUGGGAAAAAAAAAUAUCAGAAAAUUAAUUUGGACGAAGCAGAGGAGUUUUUUGAGCUCAUUUCUAAAGCCCAGAGCAACCGGGCUGAGGACCAGCGCGGGCUGCUGAGGAAGGAGGACCUGGUGCUGCCCGACUUCCUGCGCCUGCCCCCCGGACCCCCCGGACCCCCGGGCAGCCUCAGCAAGAGACUGGGGAAGAGCCACAGCCAAGACAGCACCGUGCCACCCGGCACCCACUGGGACGCCCAGAACCACAUACGCAGCCCUGCCACCAGCCCCAGCUCAGCCGGCAGCCAGCCCCGCUCCCCCACCACCACGCCCCCUGGGCCCCUGCCCAGCCCCCCCGGCGCCCCCAUCCAGGAAGGGGCGGCCGGGGUGUGGAGGCGACAGUCCCAUGAUGGAGAGGGAGUGUCAGCGCCGCUGCAGGAGGACCCGGGGGCCGACCUGACGCUGGUCGGGGAGGGGGACAUCCGCAGUCCCAACUGCACCCUGCUGCCACUGCCUGGUGCCCACCCCGAGUGCCCGGGCCCGCUGCCGGACUCGCAGGAUGCACCAGGGCCUCAGAGACCAGGACGAGGGGCCCACAGCAGCCAUGGACCCCUGGUCAGGAGGACCUUCGAUGUGGACUGCGUCACCAGCCCAGCGCCCACCCGGGACAGCAGUGUCCCCGAGGCCCAGGCGGGCCCUGGGCGGUCCUGGGCUGGCGGGCCCUUAGAGCCAGAAGCCCCCGUCCUGGCACCUGCCCCAGGGAAGCCCCCCAAACACCAUGCCACCUUUGUUUGAGUCCCCUGGCCCCGCAACUGGACACAAGGGAGGCCACCGGCAGCCGAGGCAUCCCAAAGACCUCUGUCCCCAGGACUUCUGAGGCUGGCCAGGGCCAAGCGGGAGGGGGGUGGCGCACAGGCACCCCCAGCACUGUCAGUAAAGCAUAUUGAGGACCCACAGAGCAUGUGACUUUGGCUGGGGUCCUGGGUGCCAGGCUUGGGGUAGCGGGGGUGCCUGGCAUGCUCUCCGUGCCCUGGACCGGGUUAUGGGCCCAGGAGGAGAGCCCAGGAAGGGUGAGGGUCCCAUUCUUUGCCCUCACAUCCCCAAUGAACCCACCCAGGCACGCCCAUACCUUCCUCUGCCCCCCGCUCGUGGCCCCCCAUUCCAGGGGCAGGGGGUGGGGACA